CCAGUAAACCCCUCCCUCGUCUCCUCGUGCCUGCACGCCCUCGCCGUCGACGCCCGCUCCCCCCUCGCCCUCAGCGCACCCCCCACUCCCGCCAGAGCUCCGGCGGGUAAAGACACCCCGAUUCCGCGAAGAAGAACCUCGUUCUCCCGCGGAAAACGACGCCGUCCCCUCUCCUUUCGUUCUCCACCGGGGUAAACGGGGAAGAGCUCUUCAGUCAUCUUCGUUCUCCACUGGUAUAACAUUAGCGCAGCGUUUGCAACUCCAUUAGUCGGCGAGAUGCACCUCUCAUCCUGUUCCGCUCUCUUCUCGGCUAAAAACAUAUCUUUUCCUAGCGUUUCGGAUUGGAGAAGGGUACAAAUCGCGCCAAAAAGAUCAUUUUUCCAGAGGAAGUUUGCCGUAACGGCUGGCCAUAAGAGGAUAACUUUUGACAAUGAUUGCAGAAGGGCAUUGCUAGCUGGGAUCGAUAAACUCGCUGAUGCUGUUACCGUUACGUUGGGACCUAAAGGGAGAAAUGUGGUUCUUGAUGAGAAAGAAGUUCCAAAAGUAAUCAAUGAUGGCGUGACAAUUGCUCAGGCCAUUUCACUGCCUGAUGGAAUAGAAAAUGCUGGAGCAAUGUUAAUCCAAGAGGUAGCAAAAAAGACAAAUGAUUCUGCUGGUGAUGGUACCACAACAGCAAUUGUGUUGGCUCGAGAAAUCAUCAAGUUGGGUCUAUUGGCAGUUACUUCUGGGGCUAACCCUGUUUCUUUAAAGAAAGGUAUAGAUAAAACAGUUCAUGAACUAACUCAAGUAUUGAGGAGUAAAUCCAUCCCUGUAAAUGGAAAAGAGGAUAUUCAAGCUGUCGCUGCAAUCUCUGCUGGAAAUGAUAACUUUGUUGGGAAUCUUUUGGCGGCUGCUAUAGAAAAAAUUGGUCGCGAUGGAGUAAUAUCAAUUGAAUCAUCGUCAUCUUUUGAUACAACAAUAGAGGUGGAGGAAGGAAUGAAGAUAGACAAGGGUUAUAUAUCACCUCAUUUCAUAACUAACCAGGAUAAACAAAUUGUUGAGUUUGAGAAUGCUAGAGUUCUAGUUACUGAUCAAAAGGUGGUAAAUAUUGGUGACAUUGUUCCUCUGUUAGAAAAAGCAACUCAGCUUAGUGUUCCGUUGCUCAUUAUUGCUGAAGACAUCUCAAAUCAAGUGCAUGCAACACUGGUCCUCAACAAACAACAAGGUGUUUUAAAUGUUGCAGUCAUCAAUUGUCCUGGAAUUUUGGAAGGCAAGAAGGCUCUUCUGCAGGAUAUUGCUCUCAUGACAGGUGCAGAUUUUAUUGCUAGUGAGCUAGGUUUAAUGCUUAGAGAUGUAACAUCGGACCAGCUAGGUAUUGCACAGAAAGUGACUAUAACGAGUAAGUCAACAACCAUUGUUGCUGAUCCAUCUAUGAAAGCUGAGAUACAGGCAAGAAUUUCACAGAUAAAGAAAGAUUUGGCUGAUGUAGAUAGUUCGUACCUAUCAAAGAAGUUGUCUGAGAGGAUAGCAAAGCUUUCUAGCGGUGUAGCUGUAAUCAAGGUAGGUGCUCCGACUGAAGCUGAACUUGAGGACAGGAAACUUAGAAUUGAGGAUGCAAAAAAUGCAACUUUUGCUGCCAUGGCUGAGGGUAUAGCACCGGGCGGUGGGGCUGUAUACGUCCAGUUAUCCAAGCAUAUUCCACCCAUAAUUGAUAUGCUUGAAGACUCGGAUGAGAAGAUUGGUGCUGAGAUAAUUGGAAAGGCGCUUCUUGUACCUGCGGCUUCAAUAGCCAGAAAUGCUGGGUAUGAUGGUUCAGUCAUUGUGGAAAAACUUCUUGAAAGUGAAUGGGGAGUUGGUUACAAUGCAAUGACCAAUGAGUUUGAAGAUCUUUUUGAAUCCGGUGUGGUGGAUCCCUGCAGAGUCGCAAGAUGUGCACUCCAGAAUGCAGCAUCAAUAGCUGGAAUUGUCCUAAUGACCCAAGCUGUUAUGGUUGAUAAAACGAAAAAGCCCAAGCCUGCUGUUCCCUAUGUUCCCGGAAUUACUCCUUAACUAGAAAACAGGCUGAAGCUUACGUUCCAGCUCUAGAACCUGUCAAAUGGUGCAUAUUCCAUUCCGCCAUGACUGAGAUUUGAAUUUCUGCAUUGCUUGUCGUUUAAAGGGUGAAAAGAUACUUUUUGAUCAAAAGACGUCGCGACUAUGAAAGAUUAGCCCUUCAAAUGUGUAACAAAAUGACUCCAAAGCUGCAAGGAUGCCGUCUGUUAGGAAUUCCAUUGUUCCGGUGAAUAGCUGAUGGCUCUAAUUCUACACUUGUUGAGUUUUGCAAAUGUAAAUACCUUGUAUAACUUCUUUUUUCUGGAUAUUCAAUUUCUUGUUUCACUAUCUACCUCGGAUCAUAUUUCUUUCAUAAACUAGAAAUUUCGAAGGUCAUUAUAUAUG